AUGGAAGGGCAGUGCUGCUCCACCUCCACCAGCGAGGAUACGAGGAAGUCCCCGCCGCCAGCGGUUGGGCAGAGGGCUGCGGCAAGCGGCGGUGGUGGCAGCAGGGAGAGGCCCUACAGGGGAGUCAGGAUGAGGAAGUGGGGGAGGUGGGUGGCGGAGAUACGGGAGCCCAACAAGCGGUCCCGGAUCUGGCUGGGGUCCUACUCGACCGCGGUGGCCGCUGCAAGAGCCUACGACACCGCCGUAUAUUACCUCCGGGGCCGCUCCGCCCGGCUCAACUUCCCGGACGAGAUCCUAGCGGAAGACGUGGACGGAGAAGGCUUCGGCGUCAGCGGUGUGGCCUCCAUGUCGGCCGCCUCGAUCCGGAAGAAGGCCACCGAGGUGGGUGCGAGGGUGGACGCUCUCCAGACCGGUCUGACGUCGCGGCCGUCGCCGCAUCUGCGACAACAGAGAGGACACCAUCAACACCAGCUCGAACAACAGCAGUUGCCAUCUCGGCGUGCCAUGAAUCCUGAUCUCAAUCAGGAGCCAAGCCCGGAGGACUCCGAUAAAGAUUGA